CUUUCCCUUCUGGCAACCUUGAACGAUCGUCAAAGGAUGGUGUACACCUUUCGUAGCCAAUCGCUUUUUAGAAUUCUGCUGUGCAAUCUGGACAAACAGUGUGGCUUUGGCUGCCAGCUGCACCAUGUAGCCUACUGUUUUGUGACGGCGUUCGGCUCGCAGCGCACAAUGAUGUUCAAUGGUGAUGGGCACAGAUGGAGGUCAGCUUUUAAAAAAUCGGACUUUAGACCUGCCUUCCUCCCAUUGUCAAUACCGAAAUCCUUUGCGGAACCGCUCCUGAAGCUGCAUUCGAAUCCACCCGCAUUUUUCAUAAGUCAGGUACCUUUUUGGAGCGGGCAAGAGCUGAAGAAAGCUCUGAACCUGUCAUUGUCUAUGAUACCAUUCAAUAAAGGUCCAAUCGUCGGGUUGCAAAUACGCCGCACGGACAAAGUCGGAACAGAAGCAGCGUUUCACUCUGUAGAGGAAUAUAUGCUAUGGGCAGAGCGAUGGUUCAAAAUUGAAGAAAGCAAACAAGGGCGGAAUGUGUCCCGAAGAGUGUUUGUCGCAACUGAUGAUCCAUCCGUUUUCCGUGAAAUCAAGCAGAAAUUUCCUUCCUAUGAAGUAUAUGGUGAUGAACAAACGGCGAAUACGGCUCAGCUGGAAAGCCGCUACACUGAUAGCUCGCUGUACGGAGUUGUAAGAGAUAUUCGACUUCUCAGCCAUUGCAACUAUCUCGUUUGCACCUUCUCCAGCCAGGUUUGCCGAAUGGGAUUCGAGUUGAUGCAAGUUCAGCAAGGUGACGCUGGUGAACGAUUCCAUUCAUUAGAUGAUAUUUAUUACUUCGGAGGUCAACACGCCCAUGAACUCAUAGCCGUGGAGGAUCAUGUGCCCGAACAACCAGGUGAAAUCGAGAUGCGAGUAGGGGACAUUAUCGGAGUGGCCGGUAACCAUUGGGAUGGAUUUUCCAAAGGAGUAAAUAGACGCACCGAAGCCAACGGUCUCUACCCUUCGUAUAAGUUUGAACCACAACGUCGUAAAACUUCCUCAUUUGUGACGUGGUCCGUGUAG